AUGAAACCAAAUUUCGGCUCGUCCGGUCUGUUAGCUGCGGCAACAAACACGGUGAAGAAUGUUGAUGGGAGUAGUACACUGUUAAAGUACAACGAGCCACCAGAAGCACGAAAACCAGUCGUAGGUUGGAGGCUGUAUGUCUUCAAAGGGAGCGAACAAGUUGAUCUCCUUCACAUUCACCGCCAAAGCGCAUACCUCAUAGGACGAGACCAUACGGUCGCUGAUAUUCCUAUUGAUCACCCUUCUUGCUCCAAGCAGCACGCCGUCAUACAAUAUCGCUACGUGCAAACCAAAGACGAAUAUGGAGCCUCAAAAGGAUCCAUCAAACCCUUCGUAAUCGAUCUCGACUCCACCAAUGGAACGCAUGUUAACGACGAAACCAUACCAACUACGAGGUUCUACGAACUGAAACCGAGCGAUGUUCUUAAGUUUGGACAGUCAACCCGGGAGUAUGUCUUACUUCACGAUGAGGUCUCAUAA